AUGUCAGCACAUUCUUACCAUAUUCCCGUAAAUAAAAUUUCUUCUCAAACACGAAAGACUGAGCCCGUAACUACAAUGGUCUCGACAACACCAACCAGCGUCGCGAUUAAACCAAUGCACCCAUUACCACCAACUACGAUAGCACACCUUGAUAGUAUCUUUGAAGCAGUUAAGAGACAGGUUUCCAUAUGGGGAGAAAACGCGAGAUGGAAAAUUGAUCUAGUUUUAUUACCUGAUGAAGAAACUGAAUCUCAAAAUCAAACUAUUGAAGAUAUGAUAAACCCAACUAGUUCAACUGCAGGACAUCAUUCUCCCAUCAGUGAAAAUGCAACAUCAUCUUCAAGGGCUAUUUAUGAUUCAAGUAGUAUGCUACAGUCAAAUUCUAGAACAGAGGAUGACAUUUUAUCUGAAAGUAAUCCUCAUCAAAGUUUUUCUAUAUUAGAUGAUGAUAGUGUGGAUAAACUAGAUAUUGAGGCGGCAAAACGCAUGUUGCGAGAGGUUAUGGUUCAUAUUCGAGAGUAUGAAUCAAUACUGGAACGAUCAACACGGGAAUUUGGAUUAAAAUUAAAAGAAGCUAACAACAGAUUAAAAAAAGCAAAUGAACAUAUUGAAGGGAUGAUAAAGUAUCAUACUAUGAGAGAAAAAGAAAAGAGCAGUAAGCAUGCCGUAGAAAUUCAGUUACUACAAGAAGAUCUUAGAAUACUUAGCAGAAAACUUAAAGAAUCAAAUGCACAAUUGGUAGAAUCACGUGCAAAGCAAGCUAGUUUGCAACAAGAACAGGAAGCUUGUAGAGAGUCAUACCGAGUCGAACAACGUUCCGGACAGAAAGAAAGAAGGAGUUCGAGAAGAAAAAAUCCAUCUUCACAUAAUCAACCAAAGCAGGAAAGGGUAGGCCAGAUAGUUGAAUACGUUCCUCAGCAACAAACAAACGGAUAUUUAACGUAUAAUUUUCCCUAUGUUCGAAAAAUACCUCAGACAACUCAAAUGAACCAAAUUCAAUCAACAAAUCAGCAGAUUCUUCCUUCGUUAUAUUCAACACAAUCUGUCCGUAAUCCUUCCUUUACUGCUUCUCAAAAUCAGCAAGAUCUAAACGGAUCGGUCUUUUCCCACUAUUCUAUAUCACAGAAUGACCAUGAUCGAGUGGCGUAUUCCGCUUAUUCUUUCCGGCAAUCUGCUGCUAAUUUAAUGCCAACCGCGUAUCCAAUGCAAUUAGACAGUCAUGUAAUGAACAGGUCUACAGAAAUGACAUCAUACUCCUCCAUUCAAGCAAAUAUUCCAGCAGGUUCUACACCUUAUUCUGCAAUGCGGCCAAAUGAUCAUACAGGAUUGGACAAUCUCUCUCUGGCUGCAGAACUAAUAUUAUCAUCAGCAGUCUCAUCAAAUGCUUCAAAGGAUCAGCAUAACGGUCAGAAUAUCCAUUCUUUAUCUAACUCACGCGCUUUGACUAAUACCCGUGAAGGUAUAUCCCAAAUAACGGAGCAAUCACAACCGGAUACUUCAAUGAGCAUGGGAAUAAAUACUUCACAGAAAGAUUCAGAUGCCAUCAACUCUCCAAUCAUAAAUUGUAAAAGCGAAGAGCCUGUAAGUGGUCAUACAUAUUUAAUGCAUGAUCCCGAAGUUAAUGGAACACCUUCUCCCUUAAGAAGUUACAUGUCAACAUCGGAAUCAAUAAAAAUAACUAAAAUAGACCCAGAAUGCGAUGGCGCUCUGAAUGAACAAGAUGAAUCAAUGCGAUCAUCACCACCAUUAACGGAGAGGAGUCAUGAAGAUGAACCUACAGUAAAUGGUGCUGAUAUUGAAGGAAACUGUGAUUUGAUGGAUACAGAUGAAAAUAUCCACGAAGGUGAAAGUGAGGAAAAGGCGAAUAACAAUGACGUUACCUCCUCUCAUGAAGAGUCUGAUGAUACACCAAAUCCUUCAUCCAAAAGACCGACUUCUCUAAAAAGAGUUGUAGCACAAGGUUAUGGUGAACAACUUAGAAUAGGAUAG